AUGUCCACAUCGCCGGACACAGACACGGCCAUGAAUGGCGUCGAGGACGCAGAGGACACUCUCGUUGUCCAGGUGGACACGAGCGGUCAAGCGGGCACAAGCUCCUCGGCCCCCCAUCCCCCAAACAACGCCGAUGUCCCCAAGCCCAAACGCCUGGCUUGUAUGAUAUGUAGGAAGAGGAAGCUCAGGUGCGACGGCAACCGCCCGCGCUGUAGCACAUGUACGAGGUUGGGCCACGACUGUGCUUACGACGAGGUCCGCCGGAAGAGUGGCCCCAAGCGUGGAUAUGUCAAGGCUCUGGAAGAGCGUUUGAAACAAGUCGAGACUCUACUGAAGACGCAAGAUCCACCCGCUGCCCCCAAGCCAGUUGUGCAGGUUACGCCUUCCGCCCCAGUCAAUUCCGAUCCCAAGGUCAACGAAGGCCUUUCCACACCUGCCAACCUCACCGUCAAUGAUCCUUCUAUCAGCCUUGCCGCCGGCGGUGAUAUGGACCAGUGGAACUUCAACGGAGACAACUCGCCCCAGCCUCCGCAGGCUGGCGACACCUUCGACUUCAAUGCCAUACCGAUACAGAACAGCUUCACGUGGGAGAUGAUAGGUCUAGGCUUGGAAGAACCUCUUCCUCCUCAGGAGUCAAUUGACGAAUUCCAUCAGAUAUACUUUGAGAAAGUUCACCCCUCCAUGCCCAUGAUACACAAGUAUCGUUACCUCGCAGCUAUGAACUUAGCGCCAAACCAGCGCCCACCGGUGUGUCUCAGAUAUGCGAUAUGGACGCUCGCGUGCUCAGUAGCGGACAAGUUCGCCGACCUGAGAGACCUCUUCUACCAGCGAGCUAGGAAGUAUGUGGAGGCAGAUUACGUCAAAGGGUUUGGUGAACAUCUGAUCUCGGUUGCUCAUGCCCAAACUCACGUCUUGCUUGCUGAGUAUGAGUUCAAGAUGAUGUAUUUCCCCAGAGCCUGGAUGAGUACUGGUGCCGCUGUUCGACUCUGUCAGAUGAUGGGACUCCACCGUCUGGACGGUGCCGGGUUGGAUGUGAAGCAAUGCAUACCGCCACCCCGGGACUGGACCGAGAGAGAGGAAAGAAGGCGGACCUUCUGGAUGGCCUUCACUGAAGACAGGUACGCCAGUAUCGGCACAGGGUGGCCGAUGACCAUCGAUGAGAAGGACAUCAUGAGCAACAUGCCUGCUUCAGACGACGCCUACAACAUGAGCCGGCCGGAGCAAACACAGACUCUCGCAGACUCAAUGACCCCGGCCGGAGCCGGUAGCAUUUCCACAAUGGGUGGUGUCGUCCUGAUGGCUUGCUUGUUCGGUCGCAAUCUCCUCCAUCUCCACCGGCCAGAUGUCGAUGACCGGGACCACGACUUGAAUGGCGAAUUCUGGAAACGACACCGAAAUCUGGACAACAUUCUCCUCAACACAUCCCUUUGUCUUCCAGCCCAUCUCAAACUGCCCGCGGGUCUAACGAACCCGAACGUUAUCUUCACAAACAUGUGCAUACAUACAUCGACCAUUUGCCUCCACCAAGCCGCCAUCUUCAAGGCGGAUAAAAACAGAUUGCCAGCCUCGGUCAGUGCCGAGAGCAAGGUCCGCUGCAUCACUGCAGCAAACGAAAUCGCGAGUACCAUGAGGACUAUCUCACACAUAGACCUCUCAACCGUCAACCCAUUCACCUCCUUCUGCCUCUACGUCGCCGCACGAGUCUUUGUGCAGUACUUGAAAAGUCGCCCUGAUGACAGUCAAACUGUCGAUUCACUGCGUUUCCUCCUUGCAGCAAUGGGAGCGCUCAAGAGGCGGAAUCCCUUGACCGAAUCUUUCCUUGUCCAGCUUGAUGUCGACUUGGAAGCUCUCGGCGCGCGCAUUCCCAAGCUGAGAGCAGCCUUUCCACGAAGCACCUUGGGCCAAGACGGAGGCUACCCUUGGCCCGGUAAAACACCACCAGGCGCAAAAUGUGACGACGGGGGCGACGGCCACGGGAUUCUUGCGCAAAGUGAUUGUCAUUACAUGAAAUCCAACGAGAACAGCAACGACCCAGCAAGUGGUCCCGAGACUAUUAAUAUGGACCCGAACCGUUCCAGCAACCAGGUGAAUGCCUCGAAUUUCUCCGGCGUGGGCGGUCGAUGGCCAAACACGGGCGCCAUGGCGUAUAUGGAUCGACUGCGAGCCGGAAACGCUCCAGCCUUUGGGUCUGGGAUGCUUCGAGGUUUCGGCAACGAGGGAGGUUCUGGUGACACGUCGGCAUCACCAGACGCAGGACUUGGAUCUGACAGACCGACACCGAACUCUACCACAUCUACAUCCGACCGGCCAAAUGGCAGCAGCAACAGCUUCACGGCAGCUACGAGCAGCCGGUCAGGCAGGAACUCGUUCGAGGCCAGUCCUGCAUCGUCAUCCACUAAUAUAAACAACAAUCACAACUCGCGAACGCAUCAAGAUCAGCUACAGAGCGGCAGCAUAGAUGCUUUCUUCCAAAAUAUGCCCGGCGGCGAUUUUGCGACAGGACUCACACCGAAUCAGCAAUUUACGAUGCCAGAAACGCCUGGGAAGACCCCAGGUGGCGGCGCUGCAGGCUCAAAUACGAGCGACUUCAACUGGGAACAGUUCACGUCCGGCACGACGGGGAUGACACCUGUCUCUGAAGGCGUCUUAAGGACGAUGCUACAAAUGGGACCGAUGGAGACAAUGGAUAUGGGAUGGGAUGCACAACCUUGA